UUUCAACGUUACCUUUUUCACCUUUCUUUCUCGUUUCACUACAAAACCCCCAAAACCCUCCCCUGAUCACUGCCACAAUCUUCCCGUCAUAAAAUGGCGGUAGACCAAAAAACCACCACCACCGCCACCGUCAGAGUCUCCAACAUUCCCCGAUCAGCCACCGCCAAAGACCUCCUAACCUUCAUCGAAACCCACACCGGAAAAUCCUCCGUUUUCGCAGUGGAAAUCUCUUCCGAUCACAAAAACUGGAAAUCAAGAGGCUUUGGCAGAAUCCAAUUUGAAACCCAUGAAUCAAAGUCCUUAGCUUUAUCAUUAUCAUCAUCCCAACAAAACAACACUUUAUGUUUCAAGGGCUUUGAGCUUUCACUCACACAUUCCCUUGAUGACGUCAUCGUCCGACCCGUUAACCCGAUUAACCGCGUCGAACAUGGGUUUUUGAGAACUGGGUUGUUGUUGGAUAAAGAUUGUAUGUAUGUUUUGGAAUCAUGGCAAGAUGUUAAAUCUUGGGUUGUGCCAGAAAGAAAAAGAAUUGAAUUUUGGGUUAACCAUUUUGGGGAUGUUUAUAAGCUGGAAUUGCAGUUUAGUGAUGUUAUUGAGGCUUUUCCUUGCUGUGUUAGUGGUCUAGAACCGAAUGCAGUUCUUUUGAAGCUCAAGCAUGCACCAAAGCUUUACCAGAGAAUGUCAGGAUCCAACGUCUCACCCAGGUUCAGCUCUGAUCGCUAUCAUGUCUGUAAGGAAGACUUUGAAUUCACAUGGGUUCGAACCACAGAUUUCUCCAGCAAGAAAUCCAUUGGUCAGUCGUGCACUUUAUGUUUGGAGUUUACAGAAGGAGGUCCAAUGUUAAAUAGUUUCGCAAGUUUACCUAAUUACAUCAAAGAUCUGGUAAUGUUAACUUUGAAAGAUGUAGAAGUGUUUCAUUCUUCUUCUGACAUAGUUCCACUCGUAAAAAGUCAAUUAGAGGCAAGCUUACCAUAUGAGAUCCUCUUUCAGCUAAACUCUUUAGUUCAGACUCAGAAACUAAGUCUUGCUUCGGUAGAUGAUGACCUAAUUGAGUUCAUAAUCAGUCAAGAUCAAGAUUCUGUUAUGAAAGUUUUAAAGAGAAUGCAUAAGUCUCAUACCACGUGCUACGAUCCAAUCACGUAUAUCAUGGAUAGAGUCAACCCCUUGAGUAAAACCGCAAAGUCAUCUUUUCAUAGCAAAUCACCGGGUCAAAACAAGAUUAUGAGCAUUCAUAGAGUCUAUAUAACACCAACAAAGAUUUACUGUUUGGGUCCUGAACUUGAAGCCUCUAAUUACAUAGUGAAACAUUAUGCUGAAUAUGCUUCUGAUUUCUUACGAGUAACAUUUGUGGAUGAAGAUUGGGGCAAGCUUCAACCCAAUGUCAUUUCAGUAAGCCUUCAGCAAGGAAUUUUCUCAAAGCCUCAGAAAACUGCCGUGUACAAUCGAGCACUUCAUAUUAUGAAAAACGGGUUUUGUAUUGGAUCAAAAAAGUUUGAGUUUUUAGCAUUUUCUGCAAGUCAACUCCGAUCAAACUCUGUUUGGAUGUUUGCUUCUAAUGAACACGUGACAGCUGAAAGUAUAAGGAAUUGGAUGGGGUGCUUUACCAAAAUUCGAAGCAUAUCAAAAUGUGCGGCAAGGAUGGGUCAGUUGUUUAGCACUUCUAAGCAAACGAUCGAAGUGCCACCUCAUCAUGUUGAGACUAUUCCUGACAUUGAAGUUAAAACAGAUGGUGUUGACUACUGUUUUUCAGAUGGUAUUGGGAAAAUAUCGCUCUCAUUUGCUAAAGAAGUUGCUUCAAGAUAUGGGUUAAAACAUACCCCCUCAGCUUUUCAGAUUCGAUAUGGUGGAUAUAAAGGUGUCAUUGCUGUUGACCGGAAUUCUUUCAAGAAAUUAUCUUUACGUAAGAGCAUGCAAAAGUUUGACUCGAAAAACCGAAUGCUUAAUAUCACAAAAUAUAGCGAGUCCCAAUCUUGUUACUUAAAUCGUGAGAUUGUCACCCUAAUGUCAACCUUAGGAGUUGAAGAUAACGCCUUUUUGGCAUUACAAGAUGCACAACUUCGGGUUAUAAACGCGAUGUUGUACAGUAGAGAAGAUGCGCUCAUGGUUUUGGAUGGUUUGGGAUCUUAUGAUGUGAAGGACAUUCUUGUAAAGAUGUUGCUCCAAGGUUAUGAGCCGAAUCGUGAACCGUACCUCUCGAUGAUGCUUUUGUCACAUCAUGAUAAUUUACUAGUAGAUCUUAGAACUAGAUGUCGGCUUUUUGUCCCCAAUGGCCGGAUUCUUGUUGGAUGUUUAGAUGAAUCAGGGGUUUUGGAAUAUGGUCAAGUUUAUGUCAGAAUCACUUUGACCAAGACAGAAUUACAAGCUCGGAAGCAAAAGUACUUUAAAGAGAUGGACAAUACCACAUCGGUGGUGAUGGGGAAGGUUGUCGUGACAAAAAAUCCGUGCCUUCACCCAGGAGAUGUGAGGGUACUUGAUGCUGUCUACGAGCUUGCACUAGAUGAGAAAGAUUACAAAGAUUGCAUUGUAUUUCCUCAAAAAGGAGAACGGCCUCAUCCGAAUGAAUGCUCAGGUGGUGAUCUUGAUGGUGACUUAUAUUUCGUUAGCUGGGACGAAUCUUUAAUCCCACCCCGGACUGUGGCCCCAAUGGACUAUACGGGUCGAAGACCGCGUUUAAUGGAUCAUGAUGUCACGUUAGAUGAAAUCUGCAAGUUCUUUGUGGAUUACAUGACAAGUGAUACACUUGGCGCGAUCUCAAACGCGCACUUGGUUCAUGCGGAUCGCGAACCCGAGAAAGCAUUGAGCUCAAAAUGUCUUCAGUUGGCCACCCUUCAUUCCAUGGCUGUUGACUUUGCAAAAACUGGAGCUCCAGCCGAAAUGCCAUGGUUUUUGAGACCACGUGAAUUUCCUGAUUUCAUGGCAAGAUGGGACAAACCCAUGUAUAUCUCCCAAGGCCCGCUUGGGAAACUUUAUCGGGCCACUAAAGAAUCCGAGGUUGUAGAAAAUACAACUUCCGCUUAUUCAACGAAAGCCAUCCAAGAAGCUUAUGAUCAAGAACUUGAAAUCAAUGGAUUUACCGACUUUAUCGAUGUUGCAUUGUCCCAUAAAGAGAUGUAUCUGGAUGCUCUUACAAGUUUAAUGAACUUCUAUGAAGCAGAAACUGAGGAUGAAAUCUUGACGGGUAACAUACGGAACAAGUCAUCUUAUCUACAACGGGACAACCGGAGAUAUGGUGAAACGAAAGACCGGAUAUUGGUUGCAAUUAAGAGUUUGCACAGGGAAGCACGAGAGUGGUUUGAGGGGGGUUGUGACACCGAUGAUCAUUUUAAGUUGGCGGCAGCAUGGUAUCAUGUGACUUACCACGCAGACUACUGCCACGGAAAUGUUAAAUGCCUGGGUUUUCCUUGGAUUGUUGGUCAUCUUCUGUUGGAGAUCAAGUCCAUUAAUGGACGGAAUAUGUCGAUGUGAAGAUUGGUACUGGAAAAGGUGAACCAUGUUGUGAUCUUAUUAGUCUUGUAAUGUGUUAAUGUGCUGAAAUGAACUUGGUGUCCUUACUGAAACAAGUUUCCUGGUUAAUAAUGGUGAAAUAAGGAACGUCAUGUGUUGCAAUCAGAUAAUGCUACUGACUGUGUUUUAAAA